ACUUUGACUUGACUAUUGAAUUAGACCUUUUUGUCAUUGAGUUCUCUCCCAACACAUAAAACCGCGUCUUCUUCCAUUCACACUUCUUCAUUCCUUUCCCUUUCUCUCUCCUCAGUCAACAAUGGGGAACUGUAAUGGCUUACCUUCCACUCUGUCUCACUCCCGUCUCCGCUCCAUUGACACUACCAACAACGAUACUCUCUCCUCCACGUUAUCGCCGCCUCCGCCAUUACAGCAACCUCAACCUCAAUCUCCACAACCUGCAUCACCACUACCUCCACCGUCAAAUUCCAAACUCGGCCGUGUCCUAGCUCGCCCUAUCGAGGAUGUUCGUGCAACAUACACUUUCGGCCGCGAACUAGGUCGCGGACAAUUCGGAGUAACCUAUUUAGUUACUCAUAAACAAUCUGAGCAACACUUUGCUUGUAAAGCAAUUGCCACUCGUAAUCUGCUUAAUCAAGAUGAUAUUGAUGAUGUUCGUCGUGAAGUUCAAAUUAUGCAUCAUCUUACUGGUCAUAGAAACAUUGUUGAACUUAAAGGUGCGUUUGAAGAUCGGCAUUAUGUUAAUUUGGUUAUGGAAUUGUGUGCUGGUGGAGAGCUUUUUGAUCGGAUUAUUGCUAAAGGACAUUAUUCUGAACGUGAAGCGGCUAAAUUGUUUAGGCAGAUUGUUACUGUUGUGUAUAAUUGUCAUUCUAUGGGAGUUAUGCAUAGAGAUCUUAAGCCGGAGAAUUUCUUGUUUUUGAGCUCACAUGAAGAUUCGCCAUUGAAAGCUACGGAUUUUGGUCUAUCUGUCUUCUUUAAGCCUGGAGAAGUCUUCAGAGACCUUGUGGGAAGUGCAUAUUAUGUAGCUCCUGAGGUUUUACGUCGUAGUUAUGGUGCUGAAGCUGAUGUUUGGAGUGCUGGAGUGAUAUUAUACAUCCUCCUUAGCGGAGUUCCGCCGUUUUGGGGAGAGAAUGAGCAGGGAAUUUUUGAUUCUAUUCUGCGUGGCAAUCUUGAUUUCAAUUCAGAUCCAUGGUUCUCAAUAUCUAGCAGUGCCAAAGACCUAGUGACAAAGAUGUUGCGCCAGGAUCCUAAGGAAAGACUUUCCGCUCUUGAUGCUUUAAAUCAUCCUUGGAUGAGAGAGGAUGGAGAAGCUUCUGACAAGCCAAUUGAUAUUGCUGUUUUGACUAGAAUGAAGCAGUUUAGGGCAAUGAACAAACUAAAAAAAGUAGCACUAAGGGUGAUUGCCGAGAACCUUUCUGAAGAAAAAAUAAUUGGUUUAAAGGAAAUGUUUAAAUCUAUGGAUACCGACAAUAGUGGAACUAUCACCUAUGAAGAGUUAAAGACCGGUCUUCCAAAGCUGGGAACUAGACUUUCUGAGAAAGAAGUCAAGCAGUUAAUGGAGGCGGCUGACGUCGAUGGUAAUGGAACCAUAGAUUACAUGGAAUUCAUCACAGCUACAAUGCAUAUGAAUAGGAUGGAGGAAGAGGACCAUAUAUACAAAGCCUUUGAAUAUUUUGAUGUGGAUAAAAGCGGGUACAUUACCAUGGAGGAAUUGGCGCAAGCCUUGAAGAAAUAUAAUAUGGGUGAUGCAAAAACAAUACGGGAGAUAAUUGCAGAAGUUGAUACUGACAAUGAUGGUAAAAUCAAUUAUGAUGAAUUUGUAGCGAUGAUGAAGAAAGGCAACCCUGAUAUGGUUACCAACAGACGGAAGAGAUGAUUUGACAGAUCUGUUGCGAUCAUACUGCUAUGGUCUCUUUUGAAGCUUUUUCGACGCCAAUCCUUGACCAAUCAGAGAUUCUAUCAAUAUCAACAUCUAUGAUGCCUGGUAAAGAGAGUGGAAGCAGAUUGUCAAUCCACAUACGCAGCCAAUACAGUCUAAUAUAUCGUGUAAGAGCCUGUACAAAUUCUCCUAUUUUCAGUACCCUCUGCUGUAAUUUUGUUGUGUCAUGUGCUAUAAUUUUCUGUAAUUAAAAGAUAAUCAAUUGGGGCCUGUUUAGUAUAUUAACGGUUGAAUAAUUAAUUUUUAAGGAUUGUAUUGUAACGUUUAGAUAUUGCAAGUUUGUAACUGAGGGCAGGCAUCUGGUAGUGCAUAUGAAUACAUUAUUUAUAGAUACAUAUGAACACAUAUAUUUAUACACAACAAUCUUUUAUGAUAAA